GGGGGGUGGGGAACAACCAUGGCCGCGGAUUUGGGGGACCCCAAAACUCCCGCGUCCCCCCCUGCCCCCCCAAAACGCUUCUUCCGUAAGAGCGUGGAGGUGCUGGAGGAGGAGGAGCGGGGAGAGCGCGGCGGAGACCCCGGCCCGCGGGGCGACCCCCGGCUGGGAGGGGGCGAGGAGGGCGAGGAGGAGGCGGAGAUGAAGGCCGUGGCCACCUCGCCCGGUGGCCGAUUCCUCAAAUUCGACAUCGAGCUGGGGCGAGGAGCCUUCAAGACGGUGUUCAAGGGCUUCGACACCGACACCUGGGUGGAGGUGGCCUGGUGUGAGCUGCAGGACCGCAAGCUGACCAAGGCCGAGCAGCAGCGCUUCAAGGAGGAGGCCGAGAUGCUCAAGGGGCUGCAGCACCCCAACAUCGUCCGCUUCUACGACUCCUGGGAGUCCUCCCUGCGCGGCAAGAAGUGCAUCGUCCUCGUCACCGAGCUCAUGACCUCGGGCACCCUCAAAACGUACCUGAAGAGGUUCAAGGUGAUGAAGCCCAAGGUUCUGCGGAGCUGGUGCCGGCAGAUCCUGAAGGGGCUGCAGUUCCUGCACACGCGGACGCCGCCCAUCAUCCACCGCGACCUCAAGUGCGACAACAUCUUCAUCACCGGCCCCACCGGCUCCGUCAAGAUCGGCGACCUGGGGCUGGCCACGCUCAUGCGCACGUCCUUCGCCAAGAGCGUCAUCGGGACCCCCGAGUUCAUGGCGCCCGAGAUGUACGAGGAGCGCUACGACGAGUCCGUGGACGUCUACGCCUUCGGGAUGUGCAUGCUGGAGAUGGGCACGUCCGAGUAUCCCUACUCCGAGUGCCAGAACGCCGCGCAGAUCUACCGCAAAGUCACCAGCGGCAUCAAGCCGGCGAGUUUCCACAAGGUGUCGGACCCCGAGGUGAAGGAGAUCAUCGAGGGCUGCAUCCGGCAGAACAAGGCCGAGAGGCUGUCCAUCCGGGACCUGCUGGACCACGCGUUCUUUGCCGAGGACACGGGGCUGCGCGUGGAGCUGGCCGAGGACGACGCGGGGCUGGACCCGGCGCUGGCGCUGCGCCUCUGGGUGGAGGACCCCAAAAAACUCAAGGGCAAGCACAAGGACAACGAGGCCAUCGAGUUCAGCUUCAACCUGGAGGCCGAUGUCCCCGAGGAGGUGGCCUAUGAGAUGGUGAAAUCCGGGUUCUUCCACGAGAGCGACUCCAAGGCCGUGGCCAAAUCCAUCCGGGACCGGCUGGCGCUGGUGAGGAAGACGAGGGAGAGGAAGCAGGCGGAGAGCAGGGGGGGCCCCGAGGGCCGGGGGGGCCCCGAGAACGAGGAGCCCGAGGUGGAUCAGCACGUCAGGCAGCAGCUGCUGCGGGAGCAGCCCCCGGCCACGCCUGCCGAGGGGCUCCCGGACAGCGCCCCCCCCCCAGAUGUCCCCGGUCCCUGCGGUGUCACCGCGGCGCCCGAGCAGCUCUGGGGGUACCCACAGGGACCCCAGGACGGGGUGUCCCCCCCUGUGCCACCACUGGUGACACAGGGGACCGAGGGGACAGCAGAGGAUGGCACCGGAGGAGCCACCACGGAGCCACCUGGGCAGGAGGGGGACGCCUGUGGCUGUGGGGGGGGGUUGGUGACAAUGGGGACACAGCCACAGGUGGCACCGGGGGCACCGGGGCCGGGGGUGGCACCGAGAGUGGCACUGCCAGCGGGGGGGGUGGCAGCGGCGCCAGGGGUGCCACCAGUGCAGGGGGUGACAGCUCCAGCUGGGGUGACACCAGCACAGGGGGGGACAGCAGCUCUGGGGGUGGCACCUCCAGCUGGAGUGCCACCAGCUCCAGGAGUGCCACCAGCCCAGGGGAUGUCACCAGCUCUGGGGGUGGCACCUCCAGCUGGAGUGCCACCAGCUCCAGGGAUGCCACCAGCUCCAGGAGUGACACCAGCCCAAGGGAUGCCACCAUCUCUGGGGGUGACACCAGCUCCAGGAGUGGCACCAGCCCAGGGGAUGCCACCACAGUUGGUGCCCCUGGUGCAGCUGCAGCCAGGCCCUGGGAUGUCACCAGCUCCAGGAAUGCCACCAACAGCCCCUGGAAUGCCACCAACAGCCCCUGGGAUGCCACCAGGUGCAGGAAUGCCACCAGCCCAGGGGAUGCCACCACAGGCAGUCCCCACCAUGCAGCCACAGCUGGUGCCAGGGAUGUCACCAGCUCCAGGGAUGUCACCAGCUCCAGGGAUGCCACCAGUGGUGGGGAUGUCACCAGCUCUGGGGGUACCACCACUGUCGGUGAUGCCACCAGCCCAAGGGAUGCCACCAGCCAUGGGGAUGUCACCGGCCCCAGAGAUGCCGCCACCAUCCAUGAUGCCACCAACCCAAGGGAUGCCAGCUCCAUCGGCGAUGCCACCAGUCAUGGGGGUGUCACCAGCCCCAGGGGUGCCACCAGCCUCAGAGAUGCCACCACCACCCAUGAUGCCACCAGCCCAAGGGAUGCCACCAGCCAUGGGGAUGUCACCAGCCAUGGGGAUGCCACCACCAUCCAUGAUGCCACCAGCCAUGGGGAUGUCACCAGCCCCAGGAGUGCCACCACCCUCAGAGAUGCCACCACCACCCAUGAUGCCACCAGCCUCAGAGAUGCCACCACCACCCAUGAUGCCACCAGCCCCAGGAGUGCCACCAGCCUCAGAGAUGCCACCACCCUCCAUGGUGCCACCAGCCCAAGGGAUGCCACCAGCCCCAGAGCUGCCACCUCCAUCCCCAGUGCCAGCCCCCCUGGCAGUGCCCGGCUCCGAGGAGCCCCCGGUGCCAGCCGAGGCCGCGUCCCUGCUGCGUGUCCCCGAUGUCCCCGAGGUGCCGCGUGGCCGCCAGCGCCGCGCCUCAUGCCAGCGCUGUGCCCGCUUCCAGCUCACCGUGCUGCAGGUGUCCUCAGCUGGGGACAACACGGUGGAGUGCCAGCUGGAGACCCACGACAGCAAGAUGGUGACGUUCCGGUUUGACGUGGAUGGGGACGCGCCCGAGGACAUCGCCUGCUACAUGGUCGAGGACAAUUUCGUGCUGGAGGGGGAGCGGGACAAGUUCGUGGAGGAGCUCAAGGCCAUCGUGGCUCAGGCCCGGGGGCUCCUCGGGACCCCCGCCCCGGACCCCCAGGUGGGACCCCCGGAACCGUCAGCGGGGGCAGGGGAAGGACCCCCCCAAUCAUCGCCCGUGGGGCGCUGGAGGUUCUGCAUCAACCAAACCAUCCGGAACCGCGAGGCCACCGGCCCCGGGGGACCCCCUCCCGCCCGCAGAGCCCUGGGGACGUCACAGGGGGGUCCCCAAGGACAGGGGACAAACCAGAGCGGAGCGUCGGAGCAGGACGGGCCGGGGGCGCCGGAGCCGGGGGUCCCCAAAGCCCAGGAGCUGGAUGUGCCCCAGGGACAGGGCUCGGCUGUCCCCAACCUGGAGGAGCUGGGUGUCCCCCGAGCUUUGGGGACAGCUGUCAGUGGCCCCCAGGAGGUGGCUGAAGCCACGGGACCGGAGAGGAUCCACCCUGAACCCCAAGAUCUGGAGGUCCCCAGCCCUUGGCAGCAGGAGGGACCUGGACAGCCGGACGUGGCUGUCCCCAAAGCUGCGGAGCUCGAUGGCCACCGAGAGCCCCUGGACCCUGGGGACACAGAGCUGGGUGUCCCCCAGGGACAGGGGACAGUCACCAGCCCGUGGGAGCAGGAGGGACCCGGGGAACCGGGGCUGGCCGUGCCCGACCCCCCCGAGCCGGACGUGUCCCCAGAGCUGAGUGACCCCCAGGGACUGGGGACAUUUGGCACUGCACCCCCAGAGCCAGGUGACCCCCAGGGACUGGGGACAUUUGGCACUGCACCCCCAGAGCCAGGUGACCCCCAGGGACUGGGGACAUUUGGCAUUGCACUCCCAGAGCCAGGUGACCCCCAGGGACUGGGGACAUUCAGCACCGGUGCUUGGGGACAGGAGGGACCCCCGGGAGCAGAGGUGAGUGUCCCCCACCCCGUGAGCUGGACACCCCCAGGUCUCAGUGUCCCUCAAGGACCAGGGGCCACUGUCCCCAUCCCCAGAAUUUUGUGCCCCCCCCGCCUGCGCAGCCCCCGCAAGGGCUGGGGGCGCCGCCUCAAGAGCUGGGCCCGGCGCCUGCGCCCCCCCGCCGGGGGAGGGGACCCCCACACAGAGGAGCCAGAGGAACUCGGGGACCCCCCAAGGCGAGGGCACUGCCAGCCACUCCCCGAGCCCCCCGACACCGAGGGAGACUGGGGGGGCCCCAGCUCGGGCAGCGAGAGUGGGGGGCUGGGGGGACCCCCACACCCCCCCGGGGCCCCCCUGCUCCCCCCGGGGUCCCCAGAGACCCCCCUGAGCAGCGACGGGGACUCGGAGCCCGAGGACGAGGCGCUGCGGGAGCAGCUGCGGCGGCUGCGGGAAAAGCACAUCCAGGAGGUUCUGGAGCUGCGGGCUCGGCAGGACCGGGAGCUGCGGGAGCUGCACCGGAGGCUCCGAGCCCUCAAAGAGGCCCGGGGGGACCCCCAAAAAUGGGGAGGGGGCGGCGGGACCCCCCCCCAGCGCGGCCUCGGGGGGUCCCCGCGGAGACCUCGGGGGGCCCGGGCGAGAGGGAGGGGCCGGGGAGUGGCACUGACAGAGGCCUCAGCCCCCUCCCCAGGCCCCCCAAAACCCCCGCCCCCCCCAAAAAAGGGGCUCUUCACCGACGACCUGCACCGGCUGGUGGACGAGUGGGUCCAGGACACGGCGAGGGCCCAGGCCACCUCCUCGUGGGUCUCCACCCUGCGCGGCGCCCGCGGGACCCCCCGAAAAUGGGGGGAGCUGCCCCCCCCCAAACCCGCCCUGCGCGGGGGGGGCAGCCCCCUCCCCCCGGGGGCUGAGUGAGGGGGGGGUCCCGAGACCCUGAUCACCCCAAACCCCCCAAUUCUGGGUCAAACACCUCCAAUUCUGGGUCAAAACCCCCAAUUUUGGGUCAAAAACCUCCAAUUUUGGGUCAAAACCCCCAAUUUUCAGCCCCCAAAUUGCUUCAUUUUACCCCCAAACCCCCCUUGUUUUACCCCAAAUUUCCAGCCCUUGUUUCACCCCAAAAUUCUCCAUUUUUGGGUCCUGUUCCAGCCUUUAAAUGACCUUGUUUCACCCCAAAAUUCUCCUUUUUUAAGUCCUGUUCCAGCCCUUGUUUCACCUCAAAAUUCUUUUUUGGGUCCUGUGGUGUGACCGCUAUUUCCAGCCCCAAAAUUGCCUUAUUUUGCCCUAAAAUUCUCCUUUUUUUUGGCUGAACCCACUUUUGGCCUCAAUUCACCCCUAAAAAUCCCCUUUUUAGGACACCCAACCUCCCCCCAAUUUCUGCCCCCAAAACCACCUCAUUUUGACCCCAAAUCCCCCCUUUUUGGCCCCAAAAUCUCUGCAUUUUACCCCAAAAUCCGAUUUUUGGGCCUUUCUCCCUCUGCAUGAGGUGACCCCAUUUUUUAACCCCAAAAUCACCUCGUUUCACCCCAAAAUUCCCGUUUUUUGUGGCCUUCCCCCCCUCUUUUUCACACCCUGAAUGUGAUGCCACUUUCUGGCCCCAAAAUUGCCUUGUUUCACCCCAAAACCCCUUUUUUGGGCCUAGCUCCACUUUUUUGGGCCUAGCUCCCCUUUUUUGGGCCUAGCUCCAUUUUUUUGGGCCUAGCUCCACUUUUUUUACCCCCUCACAACAUUACCCCACUUUUUGCUCCCCAAAUCGCAUCAUUUCACCCCAAAACUCUCUUUUAGGCCCUGCCCUUCCCCCUCAGGAUAUCACCUUAAUUUCCAGACCCAAAACCGCCUCAUUUCACACAAAAUUUUUUUUUUGAGGCCUUGUCGCUCUUUUUGUCCCCUCACAAAGCAACCCCAAUUUUUAACCCCCAAAUGGCCUCAUUUUGCCCCAAAACACACACGGUUGAACCCCAACCUCUCAUUUAUCCCAAAAUUGGUAUUUUCCCCCUCACAAUUCUCCACACCACCCCAAAAUUCCCAUUUUUUCACCCAAAGCCCCUCACAGGCCUGGAAUUCCCCCUCACGCGACCACGGCAGAGGGGAGCUGGCCGUCCUGGAUUUACUGGUGACCCACUCCCUCCAUACUGGUCUUACUGGUGCAAGAACCCCUCUCCCAUUCCUCUCCCCCUCCCUCAGCCCAUUUUUGGGUCAUUUUGUCGUGUUUUUUCCACUCAUCUACCUCACCCCUUCACCAAGCCAGCGAGGUUUCGGGGUGAAUUCUCGGGUGUUCCGGUUCGAGAGGGUGGGGAAGGCGUUUGGUUUGCGGGGAAAUUGUUAAAAAGCGCGGGAAAAAAAAAAAUCCUAAAAUUUAAGAAAUAAAAGCGUGGCUGGUGCGCGCCACUCCCAAAAUGGCGGCCGGAUCGCCACACUCAAAAUG